CUGGCCAAGGGAGUGCAUGACUACAGUAUAGCUGGAGGCACGGAAUUUUCAAGAUUUUCAAGAUUUUCGAGGAUUGACCCAGAAACAUGAAAAUGUAGUGCCUCGAAAAUUGGCUUACAUCCGGUAUUGAAACCUCUCUACUGUAGGGGUGUAGCCACUUAAACCUCUCCUCGAAAAUAAAAUCCUCGAAAUAUUUUAUUUGGGCAAUCCACAAAAAUUUAGUGCCUCAAAAAUAACCCGCUAUACGGUAUUCUACAAUACUCUGGGUCAAUAAGUUCACCUAUAAUAUAUAGUAUCGGUGAGUGUGCAACUGAUGUGAAAUUCCUAACUAUAAUGUUACGUAUAGUCCCUUUUUCCCGAACAAUUUUAUUUAGAGAGCAUUGUCAACAAAUUAUGGAUAGUAGCUAUAAAAGCAUCCUUUUUGGAGUUACUUUACUCCCAACAUUUUCAAUCAACAACAAAGGACAAGAAAAGCCAACAGAACGAAAUGAAGUUGCUGCUGCUUGUGAUUUGCUGUAUGAUUUGUUCCUCCCUAGCUGGUCUGAUUGACAAACAGGCUAAACUGGAAGCAGUGCUCAAUGACAUUGAAGAAUUAUUACAAGACCUGAAAGCUGAUGAUGUGCCUGAACCAGUCGGAGACCUACAAGAACUUGAGUCGAUGAUCAAUGAACGUGAACUUCAGGCAGUUUUGAAUGGAGCAGUGAUCGAGGGAGAUAUUUCACCAAAGCCAUCCCACAAACAAGACUCACAAGAGAGUCCUGCCAUAGAGGAGAUGUUGCUUCACACUGAGAACAUUGACGAGGCAACUACUGAAGUGGAAGCUGCUGGGGGCCACGUUCUACUUCAACUUGGUCACAACCUCUUGGUUGCAAACGUCCCCUCUUACGUAGCCAAGCAGAAUGGCUUCAGUCAAGCUUCAGCCCAUAUUUCGAGCUCAGCAUCGGCGGAAACUUUAAGCCAUGCUAAUGCCUACUGGAUGGCACGAGAAAAUGAGAUGAAACCACAACCAACGGUUCAACAUUGGACAGAAAAAACGGCUCCAAUGGCCUUUAAACGAGAAGAUUCAGACGAAGGUGUUCAGGGAGAUGCACCCUACCGCCAAACUAUGACUGGGAAAAUUGCCGCUGUUAGUCUUGUUGCUUCCGGUCCUGGUUGCUUAGCAAUAAGCGGUAGUGAGUAUCAGAAGAUUAUAAGUGAAUGCCAGGCAGGACUUAAAUUCUGGGCAAACCAGGCUCAGAAAAAUGGGGUUCGUUUGUCGUUUGUGCUGUAUGCUGGGAAGGCAACAAUAACUGCUUCUGACCCAACCUAUUGCUCUAGCUAUGCAUCUUGCCACGACGUGUUUGCUAAUCCUACACUCCAAGCUUGUGGUUACCCAACUGGUAAAGCUGGAAAGGACCAAGUGGUACAAUAUGUCAAAAACCACGCUUGUGCUGAUGGUGCUUUCCUUGCUUUCUUCUCUAAGUACAGGCAAAGACAUUUCGCGUAUGCCUAUUUUGGUGGUGGACCUAUAUACAUGCAGUACAGCAAUGACGGUUGGGGUUCUGAUCAGAUUGACAGGGUUUUCGCUCAUGAAAUUGGACAUGUUUUUAACGCUCCUGACGAAUACACAAAAUGUAAUUGCACUCAACAGUAUGGCAGGGGAAGCUGCACUGCUAAAAAUUCCAACUGCAACACCUGCACUUCUUCUCAAGCAAGCUGCAUUAUGGACGUCAAUGAUUUGAACCUUUGUGAGUACACCAAGAAGCAUGUGGGUUGGUGCUAAGAGACAUAAGGAAUACUACUGGACUGCUUUACGGACUUGACCUAUAUAGUAUCCUAUUUAUAUAGUUUGCUGUGCAUAUAGUUUAGCUAUAUAUAUAAUUAAAGCUGCAUAAGUAUAAUUAUUUGCAGCUACAUAGACUCUUGACAAUGUAUUAAUAAUUAUAAUUAUAGUGCAUAAGAAUUUACGUUUCUAGAGCGUGCAUCUUUAAUAAUUAUGGUGACUGUAUACCUUCA